AUGUCAUCUGGAAACCUGCAACCACUUCUUGCAGAAUAUUUGAUUCUAUCUUUACCUCAAUCAACGAAUGCUCAGCAAUGGUUAGAACAGUCAUUGAACAAUGGUAAACAACCGUUGUUCAAGUUGAACGUGCCUGAUUUCCAAAGUGGGACAUUGGAUUCGCUUGUCCAAGAGAGUGAGGAAAUUAGCAAGAUUGACCAACAAUUAGGUGCCUCCGUGUCAAAGGUUGUUGAUAUCGUGAACAGUGUUAAUGAAUCCAAGAACCCUUCUCGUGUUGUUCAGUCAAGAUCGGUAUUUGACUAUGUACAAAACUUUCAAUGGAAUUCAUCGAAAUAUAGGUUGGACAAGCCAAUCAGCCAAUUGGUAAAGAUAAUUGCCAACGAAGCGUUGGCUUUAGAUAAUGAUGUUAGGGCUUCCUACCAGGCUUAUCAAACGGCAAAAUCCAACUUUUUGGCUGCAGAUAGAAAGAAAAACGGUGACUUGUCAAUCAAGUCAUUGCAUGAUGUUGUUAAGCCAGAGCAAUUUGUGCAGGAUUCAGAGCAUUUGAUCACCUUACCAGUUGCUGUUCCCAACAAUCUUGUGUCCGACUUCAAAAACAAUUACGAAACUUUGACUUCGUUUGUUAUACCCAGGUCAGCCGAAGUAAUUGAGAAGGAUAAAGAUUUCACCUUGUUUGCUGUUACAUUGUUCAAAAAGUAUCAACAAGAAUUCAUCAACAAUGCACGAGAACGCAAGUGGCAUCCUCGUACCGACUUUGUUUACGACGAUGAAGUACUCAACAACUUGAGAAAGGAAUUCGAUACUACAAAGGCAGCCGAAGUGAAGCUGAAGAACGACCUCAUAAGAUUGAGCAAGACGGCGUACCUGGACAUAGUUGCAAGCUGGUUUCACAUUAAAGUUAUUAGGGUGUAUGUCGAGGCAGUAUUGAGAUAUGGUUUACCACCUCAAUUUGAUAACUUUUUACUUAAAUUUGAAGGUUCCAACUUAAAGAGUGUUGGUAAAGCCAAAAAGGAGUUGAUUGAAAAAUUUGGGUACCUUGGUGGAGACGGAUAUUCAAACAAGGCCAAUUUGCACGAGUACGCUUCAUUGGUGGACACCGAUUACGAACCAUUUGUUUUGUAUGAAUUCGAAAUUGUCUAG